AUGCUACUCUGCCUCACAACUGGGCAGAGAGGACAGACCAUACACAAGACGGAUCUCAGCUACAUUCGAGAAAUGGACGGCAGAUACCGAAUAACUAUAUGUGAUACACUGAAGCAGACUAAACCUGGAAGACAUUUAGAACCCAUUGACUUAUUUGCUUAUCCAAACGAUAAGAAACUCUUUGUGAUUGAACAUCUAAAGGAAUAUUUACAUCGCACAGAACAGUUACGUAAGGGACACUCGAAGUUACUGUUAAGCUAUGUCAAACCAUUCAAACCUGUAUCAAAAGAUACCAUUUCCAGGAGGAUUAAGCAAGUAUUAGAAGGCAGCUGGUAUUGACAUUAAGAAGCAAAGCAGCAUCCACAUCCAGUUGCAAGGCUAAAGGUUUAAACCUAUCAGAGAUUAUGAAAAGUGCAGAAUGGUCUAAUUCGAGCGCUUUCCCCAGAUUUUAUGAUAAAUCUGUUGACACCGCUCAAGCAAAUUUCGGCUCAGUAUUGUUAAAUUAGGAAAUAGUGUUGUCUUUGUUCAUCACGUUCUGCGAAUAAAAAACUGUUUACAUUGGAAGGGUAGCUCGUUCUACAGGACUUUGAAAUCUCAUGUGACCCCGUAGUGACGUAGACUGAUGACAAGGUAGAAUUAUAAAAUUUGACGAGACUUACCCGUAAGUUGAAGUUUGAUCACGAUUCUAUCUUGUCAUCAGUUCGGAAUGAGGGAGUCACAUGCCCUUAUUGUACCCUUCCUCCGGUCUCCUUCGUUACUUUUUUCCUUUGUCACUCACGUUGAAUACUGAUUAGCAACGCGCAUGCGCAUCUCAUAUGACUCCAACCUAUUCCGGUCGGAGCAAGGGAGAAAGAGAAAAAUGAUAGUCGGGGAAUUCGUCGGGCACGACCACUAAAGCAAGCUGCUGAAAGUUUAUACCCUAAAAGAGAUUGGUCAGUCGUGUGUAUGUAAGAAACCGUGCGCGAGUUUAUCAAAAUUCUUAUGUGACUUCUAGGCUUUCGGUGAUAUUUCUAUAUUUGGUUUGGUUUUCUUUGAGCUCAAGUCUUUUAUGGGAAUUGCGAGACAAUGGAGUCGUGAAAAAUUUGCAAUUUGUCCUUAUAGCUUCGGAGUCAUCUUGAAAUUUUAAUAUAUCCAACUUGGGCUAAUAAUUAUCAAGGAGCAGUCAUAGUUGAAACGAAAAGAAAACCCUCCUUAAAGCGACAUGUCCUCAUCAGACAUGUCGUAGCUGUUAGCCUUUAGUGCAGAAAGGUUCUAGGAAAUUGCUCGGAGAAGCAAUCAACUUCUUCGCCUAUCAGUGAGUGUAUCACACAAUUUAUAAAUACGACCAUAAUCAAGUAUGAAGUAGGAGACAAAUGGGGGUUUUCCUAAGGUUAUGAACACAGCAAUCGUACUUACAGUUCUUUUAACUUCUUAAGCCUGUUGAAUAUACCAGAUGGUAUGCUACGUAUUUUGUUGUUGCUGAGGUCACUGAAAUCGAGAAAGAUUGUAAAGUACCUGACAAUUUCAAUCAGGGCGUAAGAAUUGAUAUCCAGUUGGUAAAGAAGUAACUUGUGAGGGACAGAAAACUGGCUGGCAAGUGAGAAAUCGAUAUAGACAAAACGCUGGAAGAAUGUUAAAGACAAUUAUACUUACAGGUAGGUAAGGAACUCCAAACUGUCAAACAUACCCCAAUAAAGACUCUCAAUCGCGUGUGAAUGCAUUUCACUGUUAGAAAGGACACACACAAAAAGUGAAAUUACGGAAUUUAAGUUAGCCUAGUUUAAGUAUGUGAGCGUUAAAAAAUUGUUGCUAACGAUCGAAAGAGAUCAAGCCCGACGCCCGACGCCCGACGCCCGCCCCCUCGCUGCAUAUGAAACCAAUAUGGCCGGUGGUAAAGAUAAAUGCUCCAGCAAUCCUGACGAUCUUACGAAAACAUAGGGGACUGUGAACAGUCUAUAUUAGGCCACAGAUAAACAAGUUGUUUUGAAAUAAAGGUUUGCAAUGCAACUGCAUGCAGUAAUUAACUGUAAAUAAAGGAACGGAUCGUCUACUCUACAACUCUUGCAUCUGCUUAAUCUGCAACUCUUUUGGAACACUUGACAAGAUUUGAUAAAUCAUGAUUAAGAACAUGUACGUUCGGUAAAUUUAAGAUUUUUUUUCAUGGCUUAUGGAUUGUAGUUAGUGACCUCAUUUUAUUUACCCGGCGAAUGGUAAACUAAAUUUGGGACUAGUAAAUUUAGUUCAUGAACAGCGGUUUUUCAUUUGCAUAAAUCAUUCCCAGUCACUGAGAAAAGUUUUGAAGAAGAGGGACAUGAAAUCCUAAUAUCCUCCUGGAAAUUUUCCAGUAUAAUGACGCAAGAAGUAAAGUUGCAUUUUCGACUUUUCAUCCGGAAUAUAAUUUCUUGGUAAAUGCACCAUUUUCUGCAAUAAUAUUCCCCGCUCAAAUACCCCUCCUAGUUAGUCUUAAAGAGGUAAAUACCGUGAGAAAAAAUUCCAAAUCAUUGAAAGCUAAAAAGCCAAUUUAAUACUUACAGUCGUAAGAGAGACCGCAAAUUCAUGAAUGUUUCAUUGUGAAGCUCUUUAAUCAAGUUGUCAGGAAAACAUAUGUCAUUAUUAAGGGACCUCAGCAAAAUAAAAAGAAAUGGUAUAUAAGUAAGAGUUCGAAAAACAUGCUUACGCCCACUGCAAAGCAGUAGAUUUAGCAUAAAUAAGGGUAUGUUGUAGACCCUAAUCGUGACGAUGAUUGCUAAAUCAGACGAUAAGUUUGUGACCCACAAUAUGAAAUGGGGCAAUACAGAUCAGAUCAGAACACAAUUCUGUCACCGCAUAUCUGCAUUAAAUUAUUUUAUAUGUAAAUAGAGGAAAAAUGUUCUGGGGUGUGUGUAUUAGUAAUGCUACGAGUGAGUGUGAUGUAUACACGUCUUGUUUUUUAUUGUUUUGUAUUUUUGGGUGUUUACUGUGCAAAACAUUGGAAUACAUGAAAUUAUUUAAAAAUCAAAUUCAAGUUUAUCAAAAUACAAAAAAGAAACCUGUUUUGGAAAUCUUAAGUGAAUUACUUUCUCAGUUGUGUGCUCGUGGGAUUGCGAGCAGGCAUAAUAAAUCGGAGGAUGCUUUAAUACUUACAGUUGCUGCAGAAUACUCAGAUUUUUGAAAAUGUCUUUUGGUAAACGCUGCAGUCUAUUACAGUCUAAAUUCCUUUUUAAAAACAACAAACCAAAAUGAGCAAUAAAAAAUCACUAAAGGGCGAUUAAAAACAACUGCCUAGUAAAUACCCUGUUCCUUACUGAAAGGCAAAUUAAUGAAUAAAAAUGGAUUCACAGAAUAACACCAAGUUAUCAAACCACGUAAUUAAAAAAAGCGCAUGAAAUAAACUCUCAAAAAAAAAAGCUUUGCGGUCGACUCUCUUCAUCACAACUACCAUCUCAAUAGCCUAUUAGCCAUGUUCUAAACCAGGGGGGGACUUCCAUUUGAUAGGGGUGGAGAUUUUGGUCGCGCUUAGGGUGUUCUGGGCAAAACACCAUUAUAUUUAGCCGAAAAGGUCUCUUUUAGGGUUGCACUCAAAGAAGUAUUAAAAGGUUAUAUAUGUUCAAUUCGUUUUAUUUACUCGAUUCAUGUAAUCAAAGUUCAAAAUGAUCGCUUUUAGGGGUCAAAAAAAGGUUGGGCCUCGCCCAGACUGAUCUCCUUCAAGGGUUUAAUUUAAAAUUUCCGACAAGCAUCCACACCCCUUACAUAUGGGAGUCCCUCCCGGUUUCUAAACGUGCAGAAGACUGGUAUGACCGAGACUGCAUAGGCUUUAGGAAUCUUUAGAAGGAGGAGAAAAAGCAUUGAGGACAGUAGCAAGCCACCUGUUACCUCAAGGUUAUUCUAGCUGUAAAACACAUACCAGGAAAGUCUUUAAGGAAUACUGUAAUAACGAAGGAUAGUUGCAUUUCUGAAACUAUUAUAAUGCAGUUUGGAACACAGCACUUGUGGUACGCCAAGUUUUUUAACCUUCAUGCUGCCCCUGCAAACGAUCCCCUUGUGCAAAAGUGCUCAUUAUUGAAGGUUGGAUUGAAAGAACAAUAUUAUGCAACAGCUGAGCCUGGGCCUAUAUACUUGAGCCUAAUCAUCCACGUCGCUCGGUCGGCGGGGCGGAAAAGAAAGGGGAGCUUGCAAUUACACCCCUGGAAUUUGAAUUCCACCUCCAAUUCUCCUGUGGCUCCCCGUUGACUGAGCUGUCAGAUUUCUCGCAAUCAGAGCGAAGUGGAAAAGAGUGCGAAUGUAAACAACCAUUGAAAAGCACGUGCCAAGGGUAAUGACGUUAUUACUAAUGUCUUCUCCGCCAAUCACCAUUUCGCAUCGCCUUUUUCGAUGCAGAUAUUCAAAAUCCAGCGACGUAGUUAUAAGCUCUCCUUUCGUUUCCCGCCCCGCCGCCAGAGCGCCCCGGAGAACUUGCUCUCAGGCUAGAGCCUCAUAUGCCCCCACAAGCUAUUUAUCGACUGAAGGAAGAUCAUCCUAUAUAAUGAAAAUAAUAAUAGUAAUAAUAAUAAUAAUAUUAUUAAUAAUAAUAAUAAUAAUAAUGAUAAUGAUAAUAAAACUUUAAGUUUAGAUUUUUAGAGGUGUGAAGAAUAACAGUUCUGGUAACAUGAUUUAA